AUGCUUCCAAGAUUAUCACCCACUUUUAUCCCCCUCGACCAUGGCUUCAAGAGCAUCGAAAGGUCCUGGGAUUUCUUUUGCCCAUACAAACGGUGGGUUGACGAUCGAGUGGUGGCGGGUGAUAUGCUUAGAAGUACUCUUGAGCAUCACAGAGAACAAUGCAUUGAAUGGGCCAAAGAAUAUCACGGGGAUCUAAACACUUAUUCUAAAUACGCCGCACAAGUAUUAUACGCUGAAUACCAAUAUCCCGGAGAGAAUUUUGAUGGCGUCGUUCCAGAUCCCGAUCCAGUCUACUCCGACGUAUUCGCCGGAUAUUUCCAGGAUCAGAAAUACUUGAGAGAAGUUGUAAACGAUCGUGAGGGGUUAUGCAAGCUACUUGAUAAGUUUUUCCACUGUGACCUGAGGUCCAGCAAUUCAAACAAUAUGGCUAGUUUAGUUGGCAUUAUUCGAAAUGUGACCAGGUCUCUCAUCGAGUCUGCCAACAGCCAGUAUGAAACAUUAAAACAAAAUGAUACGGUAGUAAACAAGGAUUUAAUGCACAAGAACGAAAAAGACCAACUUGGAAACGACAGCAAAAAGGUCUGGAAAGACGAGCAGUGCCUUCCAAUUUCCACCGAUGAGGGCAAGUUUCAAGAAGCCGCGGAAAAACUCACAGAAGGUUACUUCGUCACGAAAGAGGGUGCGGAGGAAGUUAAUUUUAUUAGAGCCGCAACAGUGGACUCUGAUGACGACUUCGAAAACCUCGAGUGCUCCGAGGGCUCUAUGGAGUCGAAUCGAGCUGCUAGUGAAGAGGCUGCUAGUAAUUCUAUCGAAAACGAUGAUGAUAGUUGGGUAUUAGCCUAG